CGAACAUUAAAAACUUACUUUGCUGUGAUUGUAGUAAUCUAUCCUUUUCUUAUUGUACAAUUAGAGCUAUACUGUCAAAACAUAGUUUAGUUUGUCAGUUUUAAAAUACUUGCCAUGUUUAUACUUACACCAACAGAUGGCUUCUGAGUAACGGGGGUUGGCCUCUCUACUCCAGCCUUGCGUUUUUUGCGUAGUUGUCACUGUUGCUGCAUUCGGUGUCCGCCUUUGCUCCAAUUUCAGAGUUUAAAUAUGUCUUGUCGCACAAUCAAUCAAAACAAAGAAGUAUACUUUUAAAUGCGCGGCUUAUUGUGGUGUUCUUUAGUUUGGCAUCCAGUGUGUUACUGCGGCUUGUUACACCCUAUUCCCUCGUUUUGUUGUAACAACACUGGGUUUUCGAAUAUUUUCCGGUGGUGCUUGAACUCAGCACAACGGUCCCCUCUUCUUCAGUCACGAACCGCCCAUCUAUGAAAACACCAGACAGACUUACAGAAAUUUCCGUACCACACUGGGGUGAUUUCCACAGAGGUUUUAAGACACAUCCUCCAACAUUUCGACAGAAAGAUUUCUGAUCUAGAUUUUUCUCAAGGAAAGAGAACACCGGAAAAUUAGGAAAGCUACACACAAUGCAUAUCAACAGGACAGAAUGAGGGAGACAGAUGAGACUUUUGUAGCCAUACAGAGACGACGAGAGAGAGAAAUGGCAUAAGAGGAGAGCAGAGGCAGAGACACAACAGGGAAAGGGGGUGCAGCGUGUGGGUGGAAAAAGUCAAGGUGAAGAAAACCAAAGGAGGCCACGGUGGUUCAUCUGCUAUCCUUUGGUCUUUAGCCUGAGUGACCUUGCUGCCUGCCUUGUCUACAUCACUUCAGGAGGAGGCUAGGCUCCCUCUGGGUACAAGAAACACCAUGUGCCAAAAUUGGAGAGGACUUCCCACUGCACCAUAAGACUGCCAAACCUCUUGUGAACCUUCCCCUCUUCUCUGAGGAUCCUCCUAAUCUUCCAUAUUGCCCAUCGGCAAAGAUGAAGAAGGUGGCAGCAUGGUCAGCACAGGAUGUCUCUGACUGGCUGAGCAAAAAGGGGAUGCCAGAGUAUAUAGAUGCUCUCUGUCAGACAGAUGGCCCUGCUCUGCUCAGGCUCACCAAAGAAGAUUUCGAGAAGCCCCCUCUCUCAUUGGUCUCAUCUGAUGGUGGGCAGCAGAUACUGGAGCAAAUGAAGACACUACAGAUAGAAAACCAUAUAGAGGCUCACAAAAAUGGCCAUGCAAACGGGCAUAUUGGUGGGCUACCUAAUGGGACUAACGAGCCCCAGAAGAAUGGCACACUGGGGAGGAAGGACUUUGGGGUGGACAUGGUCCACAUCCAUAUGCCAAAAGUGGAAGUUCUACCUUCCUCCUUCCCCACAGAGUGGGGGAAGACGGGCAUAGCAUUUGUCUAUGCAAUGGUGUGCUUUGUUACCACCACUGUCGUUAUUUCAGUGGUCCAUGAGAGAGUACCACCAAAGGAGCACACCCCACCGCUGCCUGAUAAGUUCUUUGACCUGUUUGACAGGGUAGAGUGGGCCUUCUCCAUCUGUGAGAUUAAUGGCAUCUUGCUGGUGGCACUCUGGGUGAUACAGUGGAGUCUACUCAAGCAUAGGUCAAUUAUAGGCAGACGGUUCUUCUUCAUUGUGGGCACACUCUACCUGUACCGGUGUAUUACAAUGUACAUCACCACUCUGCCAGUUCCUGGGAUGCACUUCAAAUGCUCUCCAAAGCUUCUUGGGGACUGGGAGGCACAGAUGAGGAGAAUAAUGAAGAUGAUUGCUGGUGGGGGCCUGUCUAUCACGGGGUCCCACAACAUGUGCGGAGAUUAUUUGUAUAGUGGCCACACUGUCGUGUUAACACUAACAUACCUCUUCAUCAAGGAGUGUAAGUUCCACGGUGUUAAUACUUUUGGUAAAAAUGUACAGGAAAGCAUAUUUUACUUUCCUAAAGUUCAGCUUUAUAUGCAGCAGAACAUUUUUUGCUGGAGCUUGAGUGCUGCAGGGAUUUUCUGCAUCCUUCUGGCCCAUGACCACUACACUGUGGAUGUAGUGGUGGCAUAUUUUAUCACUACACGCCUCUUCUGGUGGUACCACACAAUGGCCAACCAGCAGUCAUUGAAGAUAUCACAUAGUAACCCAUUCUCACGGGUGUGGUGGUACAGACUGUUCCGAUACUUUGAAGAGAACGUCAGUGGUAUAGUCCCUCAUAACUAUCAACUGCCAUUGCAGUGGAGCCACGGUGUGAAGUACAGCAGACUGAACCUCCAGUGACUACUCAUGUCCAAGCAGGCAAGGACUGUGACUUCCAUAAGUGCUGUUUUUACCCAUGGAAGAUGACACUGUUUAAUGUAGCGCUGUCCUUUCACCUCUAGUAACAGACAUCCCUGUCCAAAUGGGUGGCAUGGUGACCCACCUAGUAUUGUUUUUCUCUAUGUGUAUAUGUAUAUUUAAGUUUUCUCUUGUCCUCGUCCCCUUCUGCUAGUAUUUAUCAACAAAGCACAAAUGUAUUUUUUGUCUUUUUGGGCCACAAACAUUUCUGCUUUUGUAGCAGAUCUGUGAAGCAUUUCAACAAACUUCUAAAAGUCUAACGUUUCUGCCAUAAGGACUCAUACAUUUCUUAUCUUAAAAUCAUAGUUAGUUUUCAUGUUUUUAGAAAAGCUGUGUGUAAAUAGUCAGAUACUCAUUUGAUAACCAAAAUGCCAUAAUCUUUUCU